AUGUCCACACUGUUUCGGGAGUACCAGGAGACGUCCUUGAAAUCGUUUAUUUCUAAUGAUCACACUUUGACUCCACCGAAUGUAAUAUUAUUGGGUCCCUCGGGAACAGGUAAGACAACAACUCUGAAUUCGAUAUUGUCGGCUUCAUCUAACGAUAUUGUGCAUGCUACUAUAAGGCCCAGUGAGCUGGUGACGUGGAAGUCCUUGAUCCAAGCCACUUCGAGAGUCAUUCAGCAAACUUUGAUUUUGAAAUUUCCUCAAAUCGGCGCUCCUCCGGCUUUAGACCCUUUACAAGUAGAAGACUAUUUUGGUUUAGUGAAAGAUUUGAAUAUCGUCAUGUCUCAUUACUCUGCCGUAUGCAGCACUGUUCAUAUUGUAUUCGACGGGUUUGAUCUGUUACAGGAUAUAGAUGCUUCUCUAUUACUAGUAUUUUUGAAAUUACAUGAACAGAUCAGUACAGGACAUUUGAAAUGUGUAUUUGUAAUAAGGGAUUCUUACUUCGUACAUAGAUAUUCUAAUUUUGUUAUCCCGACAGUAGUGUUUCCAAGGUAUACUCAACAACAACUGUUAAAAAUAUUAUGUAUAUCAAGAUCCCGAGAUUUAUCAUCACAAUAUAACAACAGUAAUACUUCGGGUGUAGAAGUUAUCGAGAAUUUUAUUCAAUUGAUACUGCAAAGUUUCUAUUCAUAUACAGGGAGUAACAUCUCGGCAAUCAAUGAUAUUAUAGAUUUGAAAUGGCCUCAAUAUAUUGCGUUUUUGGACAACGAAACUUUAAAGGAUUCAGCCACUUUAUAUAGGCGUGCUAGACACUUGUUUACAUUUGUCGAUGAACCAUUGAAUAAAGAUGACGGCGAGGACCAGAGUGCAAACAAUGGUGUAGAACAUGAAUUGUCAAAAAUAGCAAGGUACAUUCUGAUUGCUGCCUAUUUCUGCUCCUAUACAAAUCCAAGGUACGAUCCAUCGUUAUUUUCAAGGAAAGCCGGUAUUAAAUCCGGUAGAGCUUCAUACGGUAGAAGAAAGCAACUUGAAGAGAACCCGACUCAUAGACAAGCUGCAACAUUUUCUUUAGAGAGAUUGCUUGCCAUUUUCCAGGCAAUAUAUCCACUUGAUGACAGUGAUAAUGGUAACGAUGCAAAGAAAGGACGAGGAUCGUUGGAACAAUUGUUGCAAGAACCCUACAUUCGUCCAAAUAUCGAAGUGUUCCAAACCAUCGCAGAAUUGUAUUCGUUGAAAUGGUUAGCAACAUCCACGAUGAGUGUCAAUGUGGACUUGUUAAGUGCAAAAGUUCGAUGGAGAGUUAACGUUGCAUGGGAAAUCAUCUUGGAGAUCGCAAGCUCAGUCGAUUUCGAUAUUCAACAAUAUUUCUCAGAUAUAGCUAUAUAA